UUGAGCUCCUUUCCUUUCCUUCCUAGACAAUGGCCAAAAACAAAGUAAGAGGGCCGAAGGCCAGGAAUGUGUUUCACAUAGCCAGCCAGAAAAGCUUCAAGGUUAAGAGUAAAGCAAAACCGGUAACCACUAAGCUCAGGAAGAUAAACAUUGUGAAUGCCGAAAAAGUUAACAGAGUGAAUAAGGCUUUUAUAGAUAUACAAAAGGAGCUUGCAAACUUCUCAAAAGGCCUUUCCCUUGAACCUCCGCAGAAACAGCUGGUUCCUCAGCAGAGUCAUGAAGACAAACCAGUUAAUGUGGACGAAGCUACACGAUUAAUGGCUCAACUGUAACACACUGGUGAUGCAUCCGAUUCCCCCCAGCGACCAAGAAAUUCAAUGUUUUAUACAGUUUUAUUUUUAAAAAUCUGGUUAAUGUACAGGAAUUGGCACAUUUUAGAAACAAACUACACAAACAGAUCUUUCCUCCGGGCCAGGAAAGUGGAAUGUCAGAAGUCAACCGAAUGUGAGGAGCUUAAAGUGCUAACACAGAAGGCACUUCGCAGACCGCUCGCUGGAAGGUGACACAGCCUCGUCUCCCUCCUUCACUUUGAAGUGGCAGUGAACGUCCUCUGGAUUGGAGGACACAGAAUUCUGGACAGUUUUGUGGCAGUAAAAACAUAAGACAAGU